GUACCUCGGACCCUGCGACGGAAGCGUGUCAUAGAAAGCCAGGUAACCAAUGGUGAGUGACGAGGCGGCGGAGGUGGGUCGCGAGCGCCACUCCAAGCCUAGAGUACCCCGGCGCCACUGCCUCUUGCCGUUACCCUCCCCUUCCGGCCCCUCCCUGUCGCGUGUACGGCGCCUGUGCAGAGGCGUCGGGAGCCAGCGCGGUGAGGACCAUGUUGCUUCCGAACAUCCUGCUCACCGGUACACCAGGGGUUGGAAAAACCACGCUAGGCAAAGAACUUGCAUCAAGAUCAGGACUGAAAUACGUUAAUGUGGGUGAUUUAGCUCGUGAAGGGCAGUUAUAUGAUGGCUAUGAUGAAGAGUAUGAUUGUCCCAUUUUAGAUGAAGACAGAGUAGUUGAUGAGUUAGAAAACCAAAUGAGUGAAGGUGGAGUUAUUGUUGAUUACCAUGGUUGUGAUUUCUUCCCUGAACGCUGGUUUCAUAUAGUAUUUGUGCUGAAAACAGAUAACAGUGUUUUGUACCAAAGACUUGAAACUAGGGGUUAUAAUCAGAAGAAACUAAAAGACAAUAUUCAGUGUGAAAUUUUUCAAGUUCUUUAUGAAGAAGCCUUGGGAUCCUACAAGGAAGAAAUAGUGCAUCAGCUGCCGAGCAAUAAACCAGAAGAUCUAGAGGAUAAUAUCAAUCAGAUAUUGAAAUGGAUAGAGCAGUGGGUCAAAGAUCAUAGCUCUUGACUUAACAGGAAUGCCACUUUACAAUCACUCUUGAUACCUCUCUGCUGACAUCAUAUAAAUUGUUCAAUUAUCAGUAUCAGUACAACUUCCUUAUUGAAAUUGUGCUGUUGGACUCACAGGUGGAUAGUAUACAGGUUUAUGUUUAGUUUUUUUUCUCCAUGAGAAAGCUAAACAAUCUCAAAUAUAAUGAAUAGUAUUAUUAAGGAUUGAGAGUUAAAACUGUAAUUGUUUAAUGCUUCAGUCGCUAAAAAAUAAAUCUGAUCAAAUGGUUGGAUAUCUUUUAUUACAGAAGAAAUUGAAGAUGAUCUCUUAAAAUAAAACUUAGACUAAAGAUAAAGCAUCAGUCUUCCAUUUUUAUUUCUUUAAAUUAAAAAAAAAUGGAAGUGGUAAUGCUUGCACUCUGUAUAAAAUUCAAAAGGUACAAAAGCGUAUACAGACGGUGCCCGACUUACAAUGGUUCAACUUAGGAUUUUUCGACUUUACUAUGGUGCAAAAGCGAUACUUGUUCACUAGAAACCAUACUUUGAAUUUUGAUCUUUUCCUGGGCUAGCAACAUGCAGCAUAAUACCUGUGACGCUGCGCAGCAGCAGGGAGCCUCAGCUCCCAGUCAGCCAGGUGAUCGUGUGAGUAAACAACUGAUAAACACAACCAUUCUGUACCCAUGCAACCAUUCUAUCUUUCAGUACAGUAGUCAAUAAAUUACAAGAGAUAGUUAAUACUUUAUUAUAAAAUAGGCUUUAUGUUAAGAUGAUUUUGCCCAGUUGUAAGUUAAUGAAAGUAUUCUGAGCAUGUUUAAGGUAGGCUAGGCUGGGGACUUCCCUGGUGGUCCAGUCGUUAGGACUCCACGCUUCCACUGCAGGAGGUGC